AUGCGUGCUGUUGUCGCGGGUGUCUUGUUGCUGUUGGCCUCGGCCUCGGCCAAGAACACCUUUUCCCCUUACUGGGGUGAGUACAAGACCUCUUCCGGUCCUGUGGAGGGCAAGAUCAACGUUCAUCUUGUGCCCCACACCCACGAUGAUACCGGUUGGCUCAUUACCGUGGAUCAGUACUUUUACCAGCGUGUGAGCUACAUCAUCUCCACUGUCAUGGUCAACCUCGAGGCCAACCCGGAUCGCAAGUUCAUCUAUGUCGAAACUGGCUUUUUCGAGCGCUGGUGGGUCGAGCAGGACAAUGCCACUCAAGCUCGCUUCAACCGCCUGGUGCAAAACGGUCAACUCGAGUUUAUCAACGGUGGCUGGUGCAUGCACGACGAAGCCUCGCCAACUUACGUGGAAAUGACUGAGAACACCGGUCGUGGUCAUCUCUUUCUCAAAAAGUACUUUAACAUUGCCCCCAAGGGCACCUGGCAGAUUGACCCCUUCGGCCACACUAACACCCAAGGCUGGCUCAUGGGCCAAUAUUCUGGCUUCCAGUUCCUUUACUUUGGCCGCAUGGACUACCAAGACUUUGCCAUGCGUAAGAAUUUGACGACCAUGGCUGCCGAGGGCGUCCCCCGCUCCCUCGAAUGGGUUUGGCAAGGUGCCGACACUUUUGGAUCUCAGUACCAGACCUUCACUGGCGAGCUCUACGGUGGUGGUGGCGGCGGCUACGGUGCCCCCAACAACAUGGGCUUUGACAGCACCGACAACACCCAGGUUCAGGACGAUCCUCGCCUCAUGGAUUACAAUAUCGACCAAUUUGUCGAGGAGUUUAUCGCCGAUGCCGUGGACCAGGCCCAGCACAUGCGCACCAACCACGUUCUUUAUGCCAUGGGUAGCGAUUUCAACUACGUCAACGCCCUGCUCUGGUACAACAACAUGGACAAGUUGAUUCACCACGUCAACAAGAACGGAACGGUCAACGCCUUCUACUCCACUCCCAGCAUCUACACCCAGGCCAAGUUCGAUGCAAACGAGACCUGGGAGGCGCGCUACGACGAUAUCAUGCCCUUGGCCGAUAAUGCCCACCACUAUUGGACUGGCUAUUUCACUUCACGUCAGAGCCUGAAAAAGUAUCUGCGUGUCCUCACCAACGUGCUCAACGCGGCUCGUCAGCUGGCCAUGCUGACAGAGACAGAUACCUGCACCUCGACCUCCUACUCGCAAACCGUCUGCACUGACAACCUUGAAGCCGCCCUGGCCGUCACCACCCACCACGAUGGUCUGUCUGGUACGGAAAAGCAAGCAGUCGCCGAUGACUAUGCUUUGCGCAUGUCCAUUGGCGAGACGGAGACGCGCAAAAUGAUGGCCCAGGUCUUGGAAAAGGCCGUGGGUCUGGACAAGCCUGAAUUUUGCUACGGCACCCCGGCGCUUAACAUCUCCUUCUGUGCCUUUACUGCCGAUCGCGAUGCCUUCACCGUGUUUGCGUACAACCCUCAGGGUCGCCCUGCCUCUCAGGUGCUGCGUGUGCCCAUCAAGGGCAGCACCGCUAGCGUGACGGGCCCCGAAGGUCAAACUGUGGAGUCACAAGUCAUCGCCAUCGAUGCCCGUGAGCGGGAGCUCUCCAAGCUUUAUCUGCAGUUUAACGAGAUGAACGACACCUCUCGCGUGGGCGAGUUGACAAACAAUGCCACCCACGUUGUCACCUUUGUUGCUGACUUGCCCAUCAUGGGUUGGAAUACGUACCAGGUGAAGGUUGGCGGUUCAGAUGCCUCUUCGCAUACGACCUCCUACAACCGCCGUGUCAAUGAGCCCAUCACCAUCAGCAACGACCUCUAUUCCGUCUCCGUUGGCUCCACAGAUGCACUCGUGGCCGAGGUGACCAACCUCAAGUCGGGCGUCAAGUCAACCAUUGGCAUUGACAUUGGCUUUUACAACAGCUCCGUGGGUGGCUGCACCGCCGGAGUUGGCACCUGGGAGCUCAACGAGAAGCUUGGCAAGGCUCCCAAGAACCCCUUGAACCGCGACCGUCGUGAGGAGUUUGAGGAUGGUAUGGAAGAGCCCGUGGACCUCGAGGACGACUCGUUUGCCUGUGAUGGCCAAAAGUCUGGUGCCUACAUCUUCCGCCCCAACACAACCAACGUGUGGCCUGCAGCCUGCACCGAGGGUGAUUGCAACCGCGCGCCUACCUUCACCUCUUCGACGGGCGAGCUCGUAUCUGAGAUUUACGUGACGUACGCCAGCUGGGCGACGCUGGUGCUGCGUCUUGUCAAGGGCGAGGCUCGUGUGGAAGUCGACUACACUGUGGGCCCCAUCCCCCAGGAAAGCUUUGAGGGUGGCUCUCCCUACCUGCAGGGCAAGGAGAUUGUCCUCCGCUACAACUCUUCCCUUCACACGAACGGCACCCUCUACCAUGACUCGAACGCACGCGAGAUGAUUGAGCGCAAGUACAACCUGCGUGGUCCCACCUACCCCUCUCCUUACCAGAUCUCGGAACCCGUUGCUGGUAACUAUUAUCCCGUCAACGCCCUUCUGGCCCUUGAGGACAAGGCUGCCAACAUUGGGCUCUCCAUCGCCAUGGAUCGCUCCAUGGGCGGCGCUUCGCUGGCCGAUGGCAGCAUGGAGUUGAUGGUGCACCGUCGUACGCAAGACGAUGACUCGCGUGGUGUCGGCCAACCCAUGAAUGAGACCAUGUGCGGCUGCCGCGACCAGGACCCCAACAACAUUGGCCAAUGCGGCUGUGCUGGUCUUACCAUCAAGGGCACCAACUGGUUGUAUCUGGACACGAUUCCCAACACCAACGCUGCCCGCCGCGCUGGCUUCGAAGACCUCAACUUUGGUCCCAUUGUUGCGUUCUCCGAGUCCAAGCCCACCAAGCCCACCUUCACCGGCCUCUCUGCGGCCCUCCCUGACAAUGUCAAGCUCAUGACCUUUGGUGUCGUCUCUCCCCAGUACAACGAUGAGGUGUUCCUUCGCUUGAGCCACAUCUUCCAGGCCAACGAGCACCCAACGCUGAGCCAGAACGUCAACGUGUCCCUUACCCACGUUUUUGCCAAGGCUGGCCUGAAGAUUACUUCCGCGACCGAGGUGUCGCUGACAGGCAAUAUGACGCCGCAAGAGCUCGAGGCGCGCCGCUACAAGUGGAAGGUGGCUGGCGAGACGGAGGCCAUGCCGUCCAGUGGCGCAUCGCUUGUGCCCGGCAUGCGUCCCUUCGACGAGAAGGAUGCAUCUUUGACCGUUGAGCUUCGCCCCAUGGACAUUCGCACCACUGACAGCAUGGCUGCCGAAUUGGAAGAGUGGGCCCUGCCCGUGGCCGAUGGUGACGAGUCGUCUGCCAUCUUUGCUGCCCUUGCCGAGACGGUCGAGGUUGAGCUGGAGGCGGCUGGGCGUUGGUUUGAGGAGCAUGCUCGCAUCAUUCGUCUGAACCUUCCCGUGAUGGAGGAUGAUGAUGGCGACGACGACGACGAUGACGACGACGAUGACGAUGUGGAUGAUGGCAAGGGCCGUGCAAGUCAAGGUGGAGAUGACAACGACGAUGAUCUGGUUAACAUUGCCGGUGAAUGGAAGGAUCAAGAUCACUACGCUCUUCUGGGCUUGGAGCAAACGCGCUGGCGUGCCACGGCCAAUGAUAUCAAGAAGGCUUACAAGAAAAUGGUUCUGAAGCACCAUCCCGACAAAAAGGGUGACCUCAGCGGUGCCGAGGCCAAGGCGGCCGAUGAAUACUUUGACCGCAUCCAACGCGCCUAUGACCUGCUGUCCAACGAAAAGCAGCGUCGCAUGUACGACUCCGUCGACGACGUUGAUGACAGCGUGCCGGCUCCGUGCACGGAUGAAGCUCGCUUCUAUGAGACCUUUGGUCCGGCCUUUGAACGCAACGCGCGGUGGUUUGCGACGCAGCCCGUGCCCCAACUUGGCUCCCCGGAUACCAAGUUUGAGGACGUGGAGCACUUUUACCACUUUUGGUAUCACCAAAAGACCUGGCGAGAGUUUGGAUACGAUGACGACGAAGAUCCCAGCAAGGCUGACAGUCGUGAGGAGCGACGUUGGAUGGAGAAACAGCUUCGCGCGCGCCGCAAGAAACGCAAGAAAGAGGAAAACGCCCGCAUGCUGAAGCUGGUGGACCACGCCUACAGCUCGGACCCUCGCAUCCGCGCGCGACGUGAACAAGCAAAAAAGGAAAAGCUUGCGCGCAAGAACGCGCAGGCCGAAGCCCGUCGCAAGCAGGCAGAGGAGCGGGAACGCGUCGAACGCGAGGCCCGUGAAGCCAAGGAAGCGGCCGAACAAGCUGCCCGCGAGGAAGAGAAGCGCAAGAACGAGGAACACAAGAAGGCGCGCCGCAACUUGACCAAGGCGUGCCGUGACUUGGGCUUGUACGACACUGAGAACCCUGCCACCACAGAGAAGGCCGAGCGCGAUGGUGUUCUCAGCCUGAAGGACAUGGAGGACAUUAAAACUUUGCCUGCCAAAGAUCUCAUCAAGCUUGCAGAGAUUACCAAUAAGGAGCAGAUGCUCAAAACUUUCCGCAAGCUCUUGAGUGCUUUGCGUCAGAAGGGGUCGUCGGAUUCCGACAAGACCGCUGGAAGUGAGCGCCCUUGGACGAAAGAAGAGCAGGCCUUGCUGGAGCAAGCCAUCAUCGAAGUCAAGGCCACUGCUAGCGACCGCUGGAUUCAGAUUGCUAAGCGUGUGCCCGGCCGCAAACCCAAGGAGGUGCUGCUUCGCAUCAAGCAAUGUCGUGAGCAGGCACAGAAGCAAGCUUUCAAGGCGCCUGCUGAAUGGCUCGAAGAGGAAGAGGUUGUUGCCAAGAAGGCUGCCAGCCGCGUGCAUCCUCCAGGCACCCAGGGUGAUCGUUGGGGCAUGAUCGCGCAAUACGUCAAGGCACAUGCGCGCACCCCUUGGUUGCGUAGUAACAAGGAUGUCAUUGCCAAGGUGAACUCCAUGAAGAACGUCCUGGGUGGGCUCAAGGCCAAGCAAGCAACUCGUGAUGAUUUUGCUCACUUCCAGAAGACCAAUCUGAAGAACCCCACUCGCAACCGUGCCCGCGUGGAGCACAUGAAUGACCCCACCCUCAAGGAUACGCGCGCUGAUCUGCUGGCCCAUUUGGAUGAUGACGCCAACUAAGCUUGUUGAUUUGCUGCACGCACUAGCUAGCGCUUGUGCCAAACUGCACGGCCAGCACUCCAGCAUAUUCACAAUGCCAUGUCAAUUGAACGAGCCUACCCUC